ACAAUUCUGAAUUGAAUAGAAAAGCAACAUGUGACACUGUAAUACUGUACAAUAAAUGAGUAAUAGUAAGUAGUAAUAGUAAAUCAGUAUUAGCAUUAUAAAGAAAGAAAAAGCUGCAUAAUCUACCAAACCAAGAGAAUCAUACUAAAUAAAUCACACAAACAUGAACCGUGUAAGUCAAACUAUUUAUGUACCAUUUCUACAUUGAUGAAGUGCUAAAACAUAUUGAGCUUUGUUCAGCUUCUCAGUGUUACAAAGAUCAGGGAAAGCAGUAUUAAUUUUUUAAAAUAGUUUAAAGACUUUGUCUCUGAUGGAUUCAUAUUCUGUGCAGUAGGAGGAGAAAGUGUGUUUCAUCUUCUGCCUAUAAUAACUGACAGUGCCUACACAGCCUGUCCUCUCUCAGCCUUCAGCUUCUGUGGUGUCGUCCUUUUUCCACUUCCAGGUCAAUUUUUGUUUGAUUUUUUCCUUAAAUGUAUCUAAUGGUUUAAAAAACGUAGUUUAGUUUGAUUUUUAUUUGAUUUGCUAAUUUAUUUUUCCAAACAUAGUUGUAUUUGAGGUUGAGAUUUAUUUUGAGGUGUUUGUUUGUGUUUCUGGAGGAAGAUUUCAGGUCGUGAUUAGUCAGAUGUUGGGCGAGUAGACACUCUGUAGAGAGCUGUUUGGCCAGAAGAGCUUUAUACCUUUUUUUGAAAGUGCAGCAGCCUGAUUGAGAUGUUGAGGGAGUGUCGUGUGUCUGGGCUUCAGUCUCUCUUGACUGUGUUUCUGCUCCUCUCUCUGGAACACGAUAUGAUAUGGGGUGAAACUGUAGUGAACAUGCGGAAGGUGACUCACCAGGUAGUACAGGUACCUCUGUCAGGCACUGCUGUGCUGCCUUGCGUCUUUACUCUACGUCCCAGCCCUUCUCAUGAAUCUCAAGAUGCUCCUCGCAUUAAGUGGACCAAAAUCUGGGGCCACCAUGGCCUUGACGGGCUACAGAGGGAGCAGUCUGUAUUGGUGGCAAAAGGCAAUGUGGUGAAGGUGAAGAAAGCCUUCCAGGGCCGCGUCACCCUGCCUGGCUACACGGAGAACCGCUACAAUGCCAGUCUGGCACUGACAGGCCUGAGAUCCAGCGACUCGGGCAUGUACCGCUGCGAGGUGGUGGUGGGCCUUAACGACGAGCAAGACACAGUGCCUCUCCAGGUCACAGGUGUGGUCUUCCACUACCGAGCCCCUCAUGACCGCUAUGCCUUGUCAUUCCCUGAUGCUCAGCAGGCAUGUGUGGAAAACUCUGCGGUGAUCGCCACACCUGGGCAGCUGCAGGCUACUUUUGAUGAUGGAUAUGACAACUGUGAUGCAGGCUGGCUCUCUGACCAGACUGUAAGGUAUCCCAUCCAAUCUCCACGGCCUGGCUGCUAUGGCGACCGGGAAGACUCACCUGGUGUGAGAAACUAUGGCAAUCGUGCCACUGAUGAGCUGUUUGAUGUGUACUGCUUUGCUGAGAGCCUGAAAGGUGAAGUGUUCCAUGCCAGCAUGCCAGAUAAGUUGAGUCUGGCCACAGCUUCCACUUACUGUCACACAUUGGGCGCUCAGCUGGCCACAGUGGGGCAGCUUUACCUGGCCUGGCAGGCUGGACUGGACCGCUGUGACCCAGGCUGGCUGGCUGACGGUAGCGUGCGCUACCCCAUCAAUCAACCACGGCGCAACUGCGGAGGCGAUGAGCCAGGGGUACGCACUCUCUACCAUAACCCCAACCGCACCGGCUUUCCUGACACCUCCAGCCUCUUCGAUGCCUACUGCUAUAUUAAUACAGAGAGACAGCCAGAAGCAAAAGCACUUCUGCAGACUUCACAGACUUCAAGCUCAAACUCCACAGAUGACUUUGAACAACUCCAACAAAAUGGAGGCUUUCCUCACCCUUCCACCUGGACUGGACUGGUAGACCUGGAUAAGGAAGAGUUUAAUUCCAUUGCAGACAACGAGUCCUCUGAGAUAUCAGGAGAGCAUGUGGUAAUCCAUCUCAGGCCUCGAGAGAGGCCAGUGAGCCAGGAAAUACAUGUGUCCAAAGAUCAAUCUCCUCCUGUUCUGGAGCUCCAUGGGGGUUCAGCAAAAGAGGAAGUUGAUGCAAGAGAAGUGACUGAAGACCCCAGAUUGUCCCUUGAACCCUCAUUGACCACGCCAUCCUCAUCCACACAGGCUCAAACCAGCAACAGCAUGCUCUUUAACUUUGUUGACUCCAUCAUGAGGCCCUGGAAAUACUGGAAAGGCAGUGCAGAGACAGAGGCCCCUUCAACAGUGUCAAGUCUAUUGAAAGAGACAUCAGAGGAAGUCCAGGCAGCCAGGGUGAAGCCAGAGGGUGAGCUUAGAGGGACUAAAGGAAGUAUUGAUAAUGCUAUCUUGGAGCCUGAGAGUGUGGAGCCUUCAACUAAACCAUCCACACCAUAUUCAGAGGAAGGACUUUUAGAGCAGGAGAAGGAGGUGGUUCUGCCGGUACCAGUAAAUGAGCUGAAGAAUCCCAGAAAAUUCCAAACAGAACCUUCAGUUUCACCAACAACAGUAUACAAAGGACUAAUUGCAUCAGGACGGAUGGAGAUGUUGAAUCCCACAACUGCAGUGAGUCCCUUGGGUUCCAGGAGCAGUUUUGACUCCAUGCCAGUGCUGGGCAGCCAGCAGGAAUGGGCACUUCAGUCACUGAAAGGAUACACUACCCCAAGUAGUAAUGAGAUCCUUACAACCCAGACCAAUGGAACUGUGGAGACCAAACGAGAGGCAAUAGAGAUCAUGACAAUUCCGGUCAUCGGGGACAACCAUGAGAACUAUUCUGGGGAAGGCAAGGAUCAUAUUGAAGAGAGUUACUCACUGCCAAAGGUGUCUACAUCACAGUCCUCUCCACAAAGAGGGAUUUCAGAAGAGGAGAACGAUACUGACGGGAGUGGAGGAAUUGAUUUAUUUAUCAGCAAUAGUCAGACAAAACAGGGUACUCUGAAGGCCUCUGAAGAACAAAAUGUUCUCAUACAAACAACAGUGCAAUGGGAGCUCCUAGAUCUACCAACUGGACAACCCUCUCACAGUGCCAGUGUCUCCAAAGACACCACGCAUCCUGAGGAGGCCCGGGGGGAGAUUCUCUACAUGCAUCGUCCUACAGAAAAAUCUGGGAACACUCCAUUUAAAAUGAUUAAAGUGCCUUUGGUCAAGAAGAACCUGAGCACACACGCACCCAGUGCGUCUGAAAUCCUGACUCCAUACGUGGCCACCACUUCAGAACUCACCCCAAAAGCUUCAAGUGUUACUGACCAAACAACAAGCAGCAACACCGUGACAACAUUUAACAGUCAGAUUCAAACUACAGACGCAACCACUGCUGGAGAUACUGUGUCCGCUACAGAUCCUGCAAUAUCAGUUACUUGGUUACCUGUGGUUCAAGAUGAAACUCAAGAACCACAGUCACAUGUGUCUACCACAGUGACCAGAGUAAGACUUGAGACUAUGCGUAACACUGUUCAACUGACCACACCAUAUGUGAAGGAAAUGUCCCAGCAGGCAGAGACUGAACCAGAGACCCAACCAGCUCCUACCACGCUAAGCACAAGUGGAGAUAACACAAGCAAAGCUACAGUCGACUAUGAAAACGACUCUUCAGAUUCAUCAGAUUCAUCAGCAGAGGAGGAGCCUUGCCAGACAAACCCGUGUCUGCACGGAGGCAGCUGCUUGAGGGAAGGCGAAGGGUACAGCUGCCUCUGCCCUCUGGGAUACUAUGGAGAGAGCUGCGAGAUCGAUAUUGAUGAAUGUCAGUCAAAUCCAUGUCAGAAUGGAGGCACCUGCAUUGACGAGAUCAACUCUUUUGUUUGCCUGUGUUUACCCAGCUAUGGAGGAGCCAUGUGUGAAAAAGACACUGAGGGUUGUGAUCACAACUGGAGGAAAUUCCACGGUCAUUGUUACAGAUACUUCAUUCACCGACUCAACUGGGAAGAUGCGGAGAAAGAUUGCAGAGAGCACAACGGCCACCUGGCUAGCAUUCACACCAGAGAAGAGCAGGACUUCAUCAACAGUAUGAGCCACGAGAACACUUGGAUCGGUCUGAAUGACAGAACAGUGGAGGAGGAUUUCCACUGGACUGAUAACAUGGAUCUGCAAUAUGAGAACUGGAGGGAGAACCAGCCUGAUAAUUUCUUUGCGGGAGGAGAGGACUGCGUGGUGAUGAUCGCCCAUGAGAAUGGCAAAUGGAACGACGUGCCCUGCAACUACAAGCUGCCCUACAUCUGCAAGAAAGGCACAGUGCUGUGUGGCCCCCCUCCCUUAGUGGACAACGCUUUCCUGAUUGGCCGCAAGCGUUCACACUACGAUAUCCACUCAGUUGUGCGUUACCAGUGUGCGGAUGGGUUCCUCCAGCGCCAUAUUCCCACCACCAAGUGCCGCGCCAGUGGUAAAUGGGACCAUCCCAAAAUCUUCUGCACAAAGUCUCGGAGAUCCCAUCGCUACAGACGCCAUCAUCACAAGUCUCAUCAUGAGCGCAGAAAGCACAAGAAGCACGGCUCAGGCGGUCAUCGGGGUAGACAGGAGGGUCAUGGCCAUUUCUAACCAAAAACAAAACCCAUGCCUCUAUGUCCCAAUGAAGUUCUCCUUGUUCCUGCACUGUCUGAAACAUUCUGUUUCCUUCAUCAGCCUCUAUCCCUCAAACCUGUGAUCAGAGGGUCGCUGUUAGACCCCGCAUAGACUAUAAUGACUACAAUGUCUCGUUUUUUAGUUUUUUUUUUUUUUGUCAACUUCAUUCUGUUAAUCUGUCCAUCAUUUUACUGUACCUACAAUGAGCCUACUCAAGGGAGUUCAUUCAUACCCCUAGGGGUUGAAAACUCUUUUUGGUCGUGUACUGUACUUUCACAUAAGCAGGUAUAAGAGGUGGCAGUUUGGUACAAAAGUGUACAUAUAGUACUGAAUUUCAUUUUAAAAUGCAGGAUCAACAGUCAAGAAAUCGCACUCAUGUUUUACUACCAUACUAUCUUUCAUAUAUUGAGAGCGUUUCUUGAUCUUUGUUAACUUUGGUUAGCAGUUUGUAAGGCAUUACCUUAACUCAAUGAUAAUUCUGAAUAGGUUGUUGUGUUUUCAUUAAGAGGAGUGAUGAUUAUUCUGAUUUAGGAUGAUUGCUUAGCAUUGUUUUGUCUUAGUGUUUAAAAUCUUUUACAACAGCAGCAACGUAGAGGAAUCUUCUUUUCACCUUUCUACUUCAGAGAUCGACAAAUUAAAUAAAAGGAUAGUUGGGCAACAAUCAGUCAUAUUAGUUUCACUAUUCAACUUUUACAUUUUUCACAUGUACUGAGAAAUUCCUGAAUAGUUAUUAGCCAAAAUCCUUUGAUUAGCAUGAUGCAAGUAAAAAUCAUUGCACAGUUGGCACAUUAUCAUUCAAUAAACCAAAACCAUACAGAGCCUAUUUUCCCAAAAGCAUUUAAAAGCACUGGUAGAGAGAGUGUUUUAAUGUGAUGCUCCACCAUUGUGAUAAUUUUGGGAAACUCAGUCCAGAAUUAUUCAUGCAGUUGCACAACUAAUUUGGAAAUAUAUAAAGCGUUCUUUUUUUCAAUGCUUUAUUUUACCUUAAAAGCAACAGGUCUCUUAAGACUAUCUGGCUGUGUUGUGUGAGAGUAUAAUGCUCUGUCAUUUACCCUGUCAUUUCUUUAUUGCAUUUACAAUUUAUAGAAUUCAUUACACAAUGCUUAAGCAUUUCCUAAUGAUUUUGAGUUGCAUUUAUGCUAAAUGGGGGUUAGCAUAAUUUUUUUCUGACUAUCAGCCCUCUAGCUUCUAAGGUAAGACACUUCCAACAUAUCAAUUAGGCAUUUUCAACUCUUUAAUGUUUGAUGGAUUGGUAUAAUUUUAAGGGUAAAAGUAGCUGUUGUUUUGAGGCAGAAUGAUUUUUGCCACUCAUUGUUGGAGAAUUGUUAUGUGACUAUUGUGUAUGAAAGAGUGAAAAUGUAUAAAAGUGAAAAACAGACAGAGAGGGAGAUGGAACUAUACACUCUCAAUUGUACCCCAUUUAAUCCACUGACUUGUGUCAUCGUUUAAGUUAUGCCCUGUACCUGUAAUUAGCUUCUCAAAUUGAUUUAUAUAGUUCAAGAGUGAAUUAAAAAAGAUAGAGCACUACAACACUGUAGAUGAUCUCAUGCCAUGCACAAACAGAUGCCAAAAGGGCUCCUUGAUAAAAUGUUCAGUUGUAGAGGUGCCUCACUUCCACUUUGAGCUACACUUAAGGUCAUGGAGUUAAAACUGUCUGGAGAGGCAUGUAAGGAACAUAGCCACAAGAGAUUCAACAUUAGUGUUUCUAAUCAAAACUGUACUCAAUGUUCAUUGUGGUUUGGAUAACAUUUCUGCUCUUUUUUUAAGGACCAGAUGCAUGUCCUGUUUUCCAAAGAAGGCUGCAGCAGCUGACUGGAAUAAGAUCUGCACCAGCUCUGUGCCUUUCUCUCAUCCUCUCACAAAAGAAAAGAGACACACUUUCAUACACUCUCCCCCUUAUGCCAAAACUGCUUGUGCUUAUCUCUCUCCCUCUGUCCUCCCUCAAUUCCUCUAGAGAUUACACUUCCCACUUUGCGUUCUCUCCCCUCGAGUCUUCGUCGCUGCCUUUAGUCAGCUUGUCAAUGACAAGGACAUGCGAAAGGAGAUGGAAAAGCAUGCUUUUUUAUUCCCAAGCAUGCUUAAUUAACGUUGAGGUUAUCUCCUUGUCAUCUGUUUUUUAAAUGAUGGCGUGAUGAACAUUAAAAGUCGCACAGUGACUUUUAGAUAUUAGUUUAUGACUUGUUUAAUGAAUAUAUCAGACUUGCAUUUGACUUGCUUCUAAGCCUGAUAUUAUUGAUACUAAUAGAAUGAUUCGAACCACAUAUAGAAGGAGUAGAAUAUAACAGCUCAAAAAUGAGAUGCUGGUAAUAUGUAAAUUUGUCAGAAUUGGCCACUAGUGUGAAUACGCUCUAAUUUACCUCUCCUUCAUAUUGUGUCAUAUAAAUUAAAGACUUUACAGAACCAUAAAGGCAAGUCAGAUGGAUAACAGCAGGCCGAAGAGUGACUCAUAAUUAUGAAAAUGAGUCUCUAAAUGGAUAAUGCUCAUAGCUGUUUGUUGGAGAGUGUUCUUCAAAGCUUUAAGAGUCAGCUGAGGCUUCCUGGGGCAACUCUUCUGACUAAUUACUACAGAGCCAUUGAAAUCCCAGAAGGUUCUGUGGCAGCAUCACAAACUAGUUAGGUUUCUGGAUCAUGGCCCCAUUUACAGAACAUUUGUCUCCCAUGAAAUAUGAUAUUAUAGCAUGCAUAAACAGACAGCGGCUUUGUAAAAGGUCUUGGUUUAAUAUUUGCUAUCAAAAUGUCCACAUACAGAAGUGCACACUUUGUAAGACAUGUACCUUUUUGUAUUUAUAUUGUAGGUGUUUGAAAGGAGGGCAGGAGUGAGCUAGGGGAAAAGGAGUGACCUCUAUUCCGUCUAGACACCAUGUUAGCGUUGCGCAUCUAUCAUCUGCCGACUAGGCCACUUGGUGUGAGCAGUGUGUGGAGCUUAUCUCCUUCUCAUUGCAUUAUCUUUGCCUAAGGGGGUUUCUGGUUAUAUGCUUUUAUAAAGGGGAAAAGUAACGUAAUGAGGAAGAGGAGUCAGACCUAAAUAGCACAAGCUGUUCCAUAUGUAUGUAAUUUUUGCUUUUGAAAUUUGUCCUAUACUACACAGAAGAAUCAUAGCCAAGCCCUUUAACAGUAUUACAAUUGGCAUAUACGUUUUGUGAUAGAUCUCUCAGACUGUAAGAGAGGCUGUGCAAGUGGAGAGCCGAGACAGUGCUAGUUGACUAAUCCCCAUCCCACACAGAAGUGUAGAGGUGGUUAAUCAAAGCACAGAUCUAUAUUUUGCUUUUAGUUAUUGUACAUUUUUGACUUCAAUUCUUGUUCAAUUUUUGAAUUGAAUCUUCAAUUCAAUUUUGUCAGUAUAUUAGUCUCAAAUGACUCUUUACAUUAGCCUUUGUUCUCUUUUGAAUCAUGAUCAUUUUUCAUUGAGGUGCUCUUGGUUUUGGUUUUUGGUUUUCUAACCCACGUAAUUGGUUUUCUAACCCACAUAAAGUUCUGUCUUAUUCCACUUGUAGAACAAUAUAGUAAAUUAGGUUUUAGAAGCUAUUUUCUGAAAAGUGAAGGUUUGGCUCAAGUGUGAGUUUAGUUGAUACACCAGCCACCACUCUGAUGAUGUAUAAAGCUCUGCUGCACCACUUCUCACCUCUGUGACGUACAAACUCUGUACCUUUCUACUUUUCAUUUCCUGUCAUUUCUGUUUUUUUCUAAUGAAAUCUGGACGUGUUUGUUGCUUAGAGUUAUGGAUCACAAUCACACAGUCUAACUUACCAUCCAAUGUAGACUUAGUGAACAAAUUGGGGAAAAUGUUAAAGUAAUUGCAGCAGAGAGAAAUAUUUAACAUCCUGAUAGAGACAUUAUGGUUUCUGUGGACUCCUUUUCUCACAGGUUUCCUUUUCCAGUAGUGUUAUUUCUCUGUUAUAGCUACUGAUGUUGAGUCAGGCUAUGUGAAUGUGCUCCAUGUGUAUUGAUCAGUAUUUAUAGAUGUUCUGAUGAAUUCUAGUCCUGUCGUUGUAGUACAUUCUUUACUUGACAAAUGAUCCAUUAAAAUCAUUUGGCUGGAUCAGUA